AUGGAUGUUAAAAGUAAUGUAACUAAAUUCCUUCUACCGGAACAUGGCGGACCCUGUGGAAAUCAGUCGACUGACCAUAAUAAUUCCAUCUACAUGCAAAAGGACACCGUUUCAGAGAAUUCUGGUGGAGCUGACGACAUCCUUUAUAAUGAGACAGUGAUGAGAGGAGCAUUUGCACAGUUUCUCCGUCGUUUAGCUGAUCAAGUGGAAAGUGGCCUCAUCUCACUUUUUGAUGCCAUUUCAAUGAGUCCCUGCCAUGGUUCUGUCUCCAUGCCAAGUCAACAGAAGAACCUCAAUACCAGUACCAAUUUUGCGAGCACAGCUAGUACCAGUUCUCCCAUCAAUAACAAUAGUAACAAUAACAACAAUAGUAUCAACCUCACUCACAUUGAUUCAUCACCCUCGUCAUCACCACGCCCUUUGCACAUACAUCAGCCAUGUGUCCCUGGUAAACAAUCACCUCCCUCUCCUCAGUCUAAUCAACAGCAAAUUUUGGAAGAAGAAGCUUUACAUGACGUUGGAUCACAAUCACUGGGCCAUUAUUCUGCAUCUGCUCUUGCAGGUGUCAGUGAGGACACCAAUGAACUAAGGCAUAUUCAACAAAUGAACCAAGAAGGCGGGUCAUCUCAAGUAUUUUCAUCAGAUGUAACCCAGGAUCAAGGCCUUGAUAUAAAGGUUGUUCCUUUAAUGAGUGCCUAUCUGAAUUCAUCUCUGGAUCCUUAUGUAGAUGUUUUAGUUGACAGCAUAAGACUGCAGGCAUUGAUACAACGAGUAGAGGCAAUUGAUGAUCCAACUUCUCCUGAAGAUAUGCACCGAUUAAGUUUAUCUAUUCUCAGAGAAGCAAUUAAUUUGACAUUCACAAAGAUUGAAUUAGCCAAUGCAUCUGGCCUCGGACUUCGAAGAACCAGAACAGACAGUGGAUACCCACUUGAUCGAAGAAAAGUUGAGGCUAUCAAAUUUUUCUACACAAAUCUCUGCCAAUGCGAAAAGAGACUUGAGACGUUUAUGAACAGAAGAGUACAGGUAGCCACAGCGGACUGGUAG